CCUUUCCCUCUUUUAGCUGCUCCUGAAAGACAAAGACUUCGCCGCCUUGGAGAAGACUUGGACGCUCCUGGUAGCGUGGCUAGUCCACCCCAGCCAGAACAUCCGCUACCUGAGCGAAAGGGGACUUCUCCAAAUGUAUGGAAAGCUGAAGGCGGCAAAGAAACCCCAGGAUUUUAGUGCCGGGAUCCUGGGAGGGCUCAGGACCUCCAGUCUGGAAGCCACUUUGGGGGUCCUGGCCUUCAUGGAGUGGCUGAGGCACUGCCCAUCGGAACAUCAGGCCACCGUGAAUGCUGCCCUGGCUGCCCUGUGCCGCCCUCUCUUCCACCACGAGGAGGCUAAGAUCCGAAGGGCAGCCAUGAAGACCCAUCUGGAUCUCCUGCAGCACCGCCACCACCAUCAUGAGGGUACAGAAGAGAACAUCACGACCCUCAUCGCGGUGCUGAUGCACGUGGAGGAUGAGGACCUGGAGGUAGCACAGGCUGCAAAGGACAAUCUGAGCCUCCUGGCGGAAGCCCUCCUAUGGCACCUGGAGGGCAGGCUGCUGGCGCGGGACUCUUACAGCCUGCAGGAGCUGCUGCACAAGAUCGCCAAGCGUCUGAUUCGGCAGCUCGGCACAGAGGACGCCGUGGAGAUGGAGGCCACCAAGAUCCUGGGCUUCUUCCGCAGCGAGCAGCCUUCAGUGAGGAGAACAGCUGCCCUGCUGAUCGGUCACCUGGUCCACAAAAAGGGCAGCAUCCUCACUGAAGGGAACAUAGAGACCUUCCAUGCUGCGCUGGAGAGCUUGCUUGGCGACCAUGACCCCGAGGUCGGGAGAGUUGCCUGCAAGACGGAGAAGAUCGUGAAGAAGGCCUUUUCCCUCCACUCCCAGGACGGGUUGCGGGCUGCCGUUCGGCGCUUGUGGGCAGGCUGUAAGAAGAAGAGACACCCGCCAGAGUACGGUGAUCUCUCCACCUGACCGACUGGAACAACAGCCCCGUGCUCUCCCCUGGAAGAUCAGCAGCUGAAGGGAGACUGAAGAAACACCAUGCAGCGCAGUGGAUGCGGACCAGCCAGAAGACCUCCUCCAACCCCGUGGAUAGAAAGAGCUGUCCACAAGACGGCAGCAGGGAAGUGCAGUUCUGUCUGAGGAGUGAGGGGGAAGCAGGCUCCACUCCCCUGGCCCAAGGAAGCCCCGCCUCUGGGGUGCAGAAGCCCCUCCCCUUGCCUCUGCUGCAGGCUGUGGGAGGAGGCUACAGGACCACCCUGCCCCCAAGUGGCCCUUGGGAACCAUUCUUGGGCUCUCCUUGGGUCCGGGGAGGCUGUGUGGCCCCAGCAGGAGGGCAAGGUCACCGCCUCCCUCCAUUUCCACCAGCUGGCCGGGGAGCGCCCCCUCCUCCUUCCGCCUUUCUCCCCUUCCCCAGCGGCCUGGCUUCCCCUGGCAGGGGAAGCACCAUCCAGGCAUCCGCCCCCUCCCCUGCCGAGGGUGUGCUCCUCCCCCCUCCCCUCCCGCAGCCACGCCUCCCUCCCCCCUCCGCUCCCUCCUCCCCCCGCCCAAACCGGGGCAGCAGCAGAGGAGCCCGGGAGACUCUGGGGGCCCCCUGCAGCCCCAGUCGCGCCCCCUGGUGCUGCCCAGUGGCAGGCCAGAGAACCCUCCUCUCCCUCCCGCUCCCUGCUGUGUAGCACCUGAUGAGGCGUCCAGUAGCGGGCCUCCCCUCCCAGGCCUCCCCAAGUCUGGGGCACAUCCCCUCCCCUCCCCUCCCCUCCCCUCCCUGUUACACCAAAGGGGCUCCUCCUUCUCCACCCCAGAGGGGAGGGGGCAAGGGAGGCAUCAGCCACCAGGUCUGCCGAGGAGGCCGAGGGAGGGUGCUUGGGCCAGGCUGGACGAUGCCUCGACCUCCCGCUUCCUCACUCACCCCUGCUCCCUUCCAUCUGCUCUGGGCAAGCGAGCAGCCCCUCUUGCUCCAGCGGGCAGGGGGGAGUGAGCAGAAGAUCCUCUUCGGAGCGGGGCGGGAGGUGUGGCCACGACACCGUCCCUUGCUGCACAGUGGGGAGCUGAGGUCAAGCAGAAUUCUCUGGCUUGCCCCCCCAUCAACCCCCACCCCACUGCCCAAUCCCCGCUUGCUGGGCUGCCGGAGCGGAAAGGGAGGAGGAGCAGGGCAACCCCACUGAGGCUGCUUUGUGCUUCUUGCAGGCAUGUGCUGCUGCUGGGCGGCUGGAGGAGUCAGUCGAUCCGCCCCAGAAGAGGAGACCAAGUGAACGUGCCUGCAAGGAGCGGGGGGGGGGGGGGCUGGCUGGGACUCCCCCCAAUUUUGUUUGCCCUCCCAUUCCCUUUGUGACCCUGGGCUUCCUUCCUUCCCUCCUUCCCUCUCUCCCCCUCCCUCCCAGGGGCAGAAUGGGCUUUGCUGGUCGCCCCGUUGGGGGCCGAGUAGGAAUUUUUGGCUUUCCAACAGAUUGGCCGAGAUGGAAAGUUUUUUUGCCUACUCCAUUCUGCCCUGUUUUUUUUCCUUUAGUUAGAAAGUUAAGUGACGACUUGUGGCCUAAUUGAGUAUCUUAAUAAAGUUGCCGCUUUUGUUAGCA